CUGAGGUUGCUACCUUGACCAACCAAUUGCGAGGCUCCGUAGGCGAGACCCUGUGCCUGGCCGGGUUUGGGGGAUCCUGGGCCUGGAGGACUCUGCUGCGGUCACCGUGUCCCCGUGCCACCGCCGCCCGCUGCCCGGUCACGAUGGGAUUUAUCUUUUCAAAACCUAUGAAUGAAAACAUGAAAAAGCAGCAGGAGUUCAUGCUUACGAAUGCUCGACUUCAGCUGGAAAGGCAGCUAAUGAUGCAGAAUGAAAUGAGAGAAAGACAAAUGGCUUUGCAGAUUGCUUGGUCUCGGGAAUUCCUCAGAUAUUUUGGGACUUUUUUUGGCAUUGUAGCCAUCUCUGUAACAGCUGGAGCAAUAAAAAAGAAGAAGCCAGCUUUCCUCUUCCCUAUAGUUCCAUUAGGCUUCAUCUUCACCUACCAGUAUGACUUAGGCUAUGGAACCCUUCUACAAAGAAUGAAAGGUGAAGCUGAAAAUAUACUGGAAACAGAGAAGAGUAAGUUGCAGCUGCCAAGAGGAAUGAUUACUUUUGAAAGCCUUGAAAAAGCCAGAAGGGAACAAAGUAAAUUCUUCAUAGAAAAAUGAAAUCACAUUUAUGCACUGAAUCUCAAAACAGAACUGUUGAUUUGAAUCAUGGCUUUUACAGUUUUUUAAUGCUUGAGAUUUUGAUAUAAUGGAUUUUAUUUUAAAAUACUAAGAUGCAAGAUGAGCUUUGUUAAACUAUUUUAAAAUAAAAUUUAUAAUAUUCAACACAAAA